AUGCUACCUACCCAGACGGGCUACCAAAUAAUAAGUUACUUGAAGUCGAUUGAAGAUGCUUAUUCGAAUUCAAAUGAAAUUUCGAUAGAAUUGGUUGAAGCUGGUAGAACAGAUGAAGAUCGACCUUUGGUUUAUUUAACAGUUACUGCUAAAUCUUCCCUGAAAACCCAAAAACCUUUAGUAAUCAUUGAAGCUGGAAUAAAUCCCAGAGAGUGGAUCACAGUACCAUCAGCUAUAAACAUCAUCGACAAAAUAGUCCAAGAAGAUCAGAAGAAUUUUUUGCAAAAUUUACAAUGGAUUAUAAUUCCUGUACUAAAUCCUGAUGGAUAUGAAUACACUCAUACAAAUCUUCGUCUGUGGACAAAAUCAAGAAGCACAAGAAGCUCCCUCGGUCCAAUCUGUCCAGGCGUCAACAUCAAUCGUAACUUUGACAUUGACUGGCUUUUCUCAGACACCAGCUCCAGUCCGUGUAGUCAUUUAUAUGGUGGUGUGGAAGCAUUUUCUGAACCUGAAACAAAAAUGAUUAAGAAUUUAAUUGAAAAAUAUGGAAGGACUAUACAAUUGUACAUAUCGCUACAGAAUAAUGGACGUUUUAUUUCGUAUCCUUGGCAAUACGAAAGAGCUGCAAGUGGCAUGUUUCGUCAACAUCAUUUACUCGGUCUAGAAAUGACAUCUGCAAUGGGUGAUGAUUAUGUACUUGAUGUUGGUUCUGUAGCACUUGGUGAUAGAGCUUCUGGUACCAGUACAGAUUAUGCGAUGGAUAAUGGAGUUUUGUAUACGUUUAACAUCAAUAUUGAAAAGGAAGGUGUAAGCGGUGUGAUCAUACCAGGUAACGAAAUUAAACCAAUUGCUGAAAAUGUAUGGAAUGCAGUAGCUAUCGCAGCCAAAAGUAUUAUGAAACGUAACGCGAAUACAAAAAGUUAA